AUGCCUAAAUCCAAAGAAUCAAAUGCAUCUAUUGAAUCUCGCAUCCAAUUGGCCAUUCUUGAAUUAGAGAAUGUUGAAAGCCCUAAUAUUAGAGCGUGGGAACGCGCUAAAAACCUACCCUACCAGCGGCUUCUUGCGCGCUUUCCUCCUAAGCGACUGGCAAUCGCGGCCGCUGCCAAUACAAUCCUGGCUAGUACCCAUACUGGUCUAACUGAACCGCCUACAAUCGGUGACCAUUGGCUACAUCGCUUCCUUCAACGCCAUCCUGAGUAUCUCUCUCGCCGCCAGCGAGCUAUAGAUAUAGAGAGAAAGAAGUGUCUAGGUAGGCAGAUUGCAAGAGAGUGGUUCAAUUCCUACCAGGAGACGACUGCUCAAUAUGGAAUUACCGCGGACGAUAUUUGGAACUUCGAUGAGACCGGUUUUAAUAUCGGCGUUGGUCAAGACCAGUGGAUCAUUACCCGCGAACCUAAGCGCCAAAUCUUUGGCGGUUUUAGUACUAAUCGCGAGUAUGCAACUGCUAUUGAAGCAGUCUCAGCUACUGGGUCUACUAUCGCACCGGUAGUAAUCCUAAGCGCUAAGGUCCUUCUACUACGAUGGUUCGAGAUAGUAGGCGAUGAGAGAAUCGCUGUGACCGAUACUGGCUAUCUUAACAACGUGCUGGCCCUACAUGAGUGGGUGUACGAUGCUACAGUCAGUGGCUAUGAGAAGAUUACCAAGGACGAUUUCCUUGAGCCUACGAUAGUCCUCGAAAACUUAGUUGAUGAGGUCGAUGAGGUCGAUUUCGGCUUUAAUACACCAAGCCCUCCGUCAACAAUAGCGGCCGGUAGCCAAGAUUCCUCAGAUCUUAGUACACCAAAGACCGCUGACCGUGUGAAGAAGCUAGAGAAACGGCUAGAGGAUAAGAUCUCUCGUAUACAACAAACACCCUCUCGUCGCCUACUCAAGAAAUUGGCAAACGCUACAACCAAGCUCGUCUAUCUUGUUGAUGAGCUGCAGGGUAAUAUCAAGAACUCGAAUUACCUACGGGAGAUACGCUACGCACGCGAGAAUCGGUCACGAAAGGCCUCCAAGUUAACCGGGAUAGUGCAUUCUAGCCAGGUUGAGCGUAUAAAGCGAAUUAUCCAGAGUGGUGAUGAUCUAAAGGCAUUUAUGAAGUUGCGACCGUAUUUCAAGCGGGAGGUCUUGCCGGAGUUGAAGAGGGUUUGCAAGAAGAAGGGCUAUUUCAUUAAAAAGUAG